AUAGGUGUGCUUUAUUCACGAUAAAACACAGCUAUGACGCUUCACCCAACGGUUCUGUUUAUCUCUGCGCCCUUAGAAACACCCUUAGUAACCAUACGUUUUGGUUUGUUGUUUUUAUUUGAGCUUUCAUGCAUAUUACACAUUGGGACACAUUUUUGUUCAUGGUCAGGGACUAUUUUUUUUCUAGCGGAAGGAAUGCUUUUUAUUGAUUUAACUUCAUGAAAGUUGCACUAAUAUUUUUUUUACUCUAAUAUUGUGUGGUAACCGCUUUAUAAAAGCAAUAAGGUACUUGAUGCAAGUGCUGUAUCGUGAAUAAGUAACGGCUGAAACGCGAUACAGCCAGCCUCUCCUACCUUAUUGCUUAUGCUUACAUAUAUGAGGUUAUAAGCGGGCAGCAGGUUGUAUGACAGAAAAAAGACCCGACGCUAAGAGUGUCUUGUUUUAACAAUAAAGGGGCUUAUUUCGCAACAACAACAUGCUUCCACUGUCCCGCUUAUUACACGGCUUUUUAACUCAUAAUGAACAUUAAAUAUUUAUUUAAUAUUUUAUUUGUUCAUUUUUAACGAAUGCAGACCUUCCGCGAGCAAAACCCGUACUAUCAGUUUUAAGAUAAGACGUUCAACUGUCACGAGCACACUAUAUUUGGUUAAAUUAUUUGUAAAUAUGUCAUUCAUGUUAUUAAAAGACAUAAUUAUAUUUCAUUUUUGGGUAAUAUUUAACUUUACCUGUCAAAAUGAUUUGCAGCAUCCGGGUUACAGUGUGUCGCUAGAGCGGUCGUUAUCUGACUGGAAAUAAAUCUAUAAAAUGGCGCGAUUGGCCAGUCAGAAUCAAGCAAUCUAACGAGACGUGUAAUAAGCCCCGACAGUGUGAUCGGGACCCGACGCGAAGCGGAGGGUCUUGUAUCACACUGAAGGGGCUUAUUUCCCGAUAACUACCGGCUGACUCUACAUUAUCCCGCUUGUUAUAUGUUAGGUGUUAUAACUAAGAAUGACCAGUAGAGGUCAGUGGUGGUGUAUGUAUGAGUAUGUCAUGCACUAGGAAAGAAGUAUACAGUGUGUAUGUAAAAGACUGCACGAGCUGUGCGGGUCUGUGUUGUGUUGCUCUUACUUAUAUAAAGAUAAGUUAUAAACGAAAUGACGUCUCUGUUCUUGAAUGUAAGAUACAACAUAUGGCGACGAGGAUGAAGUUGGGACUGUCAUUCGUUCCUGUGUGAGAAUUGGCAGGAUUUUGGAGUGGAACCCCAUAUUUGCUGUUAGCUGUCGGCUACCACGUGAGAGGACUGGACGAUAAAAUGGCUGGCAUGGUGGGAGCCGUGGCCCAGUUUGAUAGUAAGUCGCAGUCGUGGGAGGAAUAUUGUGAGAUUUUGAAUCAUUUCUUCGUGGCAAAUGAUGUGGAAGAUCCAGGAAAAAAACGUGCCAUAUUGCUGAGUUGUGUCGGAGCACAGACAUACACGAUCAUGAGGAAUCUGCUGAGUCCUGAGAAACCAGGAUCAAAGACGUAUGAUGAACUGGUGAGUUUAUUGACUAAGCACUUUAAUCCGAGACCUAGUGAAAUAGUCCAGAGAUGGAAAUUUAAUUCACGGAACAGGCGCUUGGAUGAAAGUAUAGCGGAUUAUGUGGCUGAGCUUAGGAAGCUAGCACAGGACUGUAACUUUGGCGACACGCUCACUGUCAUGCUGAGAGACCGGUUAGUGUGCGGAGUCAAUGAUGAUAGCAUACAGCGGAGAUUGUUAGCGGAGGAUGGUCUGACGUUUGAGACGGCUUUGCGAAAAGCACAGGCUAUUGAAGCGGCUAAUAAGGAUAUGGCGGAUUUGAACAGAGAGAGAGGACACGUGCACAGUACCACUGUUUUCAAGAUGGAUGCAAGAGAAAAGUGCACGUCAGGUGGUACAGGAACAUGCUACCGUUGUGGUGGAAAUAACCACGGACCAAAGGAAUGUAAGUUUGCAAGGGAAAAAUGUUACAAUUGUGGCAAGAUCGGACAUUUGAAAAGAGUGUGUAGGAUGAAAAUUCGUGACUCUAAAGUUGAUAAGGGUAAGAAAAAUUCAAAAUGGGGGAGAGGAAAAUUGCAAAAAAGAGCAAAUUAUCUCCAAGACCAAGAAGAAGAGGAGCCUGGAGAGGAAGUAUUCACCAUGUACAGUAUGGAGUCAGAUAUACCCCAUGUAUCCCCUAUAACACAAAUGUUGUCCGUAAAUGAAUGCUUAGUGAAAUUUGAGAUUGACACAGGUUGCAGUGUGACAGUUUUAUCACAAGCAGAACAUGCCAAAUUGAAUGCUAAAAAGAAACUACCUCUGAUUAUAAGCAAGGUCAACCUCAAAACUUACACAGGACAGCCAGUGAACAUUCUGGGUACCACAAAAGUCAAAGUAAAAUACAAAGGUAUUACCAAAGAACUAACGGCAAUCGUGGUGGCUGGAGCAGGACCGAAUCUGCUGGGACGCGCAUGGCUCACAGAGUUAAAACUCAGCUGGGAGAACAUCAACCAAAUAGAAAAUAGUUCUGAGAGGUUACAAGACAUUCUGAAGGCACAUGAAACAGUUUUCAAAGAGGAACUGGGAACACUAAAAGGAACCAAGGCAAAGAUUCAUGUUUCCAGUGAGGCAAAACCCCGUUUUUUCAAGCCAAGGUCGUUGCCGUUUGCAAUGAAAGAAAAGGUUGAAGUCGAGUUGGAUCGCCUAAUAAAGGAAAACAUAAUAGUGCCUGUGAAAUUUUCAGACUGGGCAGCUCCAGUAGUGCCAGUAUUAAAACCAGAUGGUUCAGUGAGAUUGUGUGGAGAUUAUAAAGUGACCAUAAACAGAGAGUCUUCACUGGAACAGUAUCCCAUUCCAAGAGUGGAGGAUAUGUUUGCAGUUUUGUCGGGAGGAGACAAAUUUAGCAAAUUAGAUAUGAGUCAUGCAUAUCAGCAAAUUGUUUUGGAUGAAGAGUCAAAACAGUAUGUGACAGUAAAUACUCACAAAGGUCUGUUUACCUACACCAGAUUACCUUUUGGUGUCAGCUCAAGCCCAGCAAUCUUCCAGAGGACCAUGGAAGCCAUACUAAAAGACAUUCCUAAAGUUGUGGUAUACCUGGACGAUAUUUUGCUUACUGGGAAGGACGAUUUGGAGCAUUUGAGGACGCUAGACCAAGUGUUGUAUCGGCUGGAGGAGGCCGGUCUGAGGUUAAAACGGGGAAAGUGCAACUUUAUGGAAAAGGAAGUCACAUUUCUUGGACAUAGAGUGGAUGCCACAGGGAUUCAUCCUGUCCCUGAAAAAGUUCAGGCAGUUAAAGAGGCACCAACACCAACUUCAGUAACAGAGCUUAAAGCUUACCUGGGACUGUUGAAUUAUUAUAACCGUUUUCUGCCAAAUCUCUCAACACUUUUAGCACCUCUGCACCAACUGUUAAAGAAAGAUGUCCCCUGGUGUUGGAAAGCGGAACAAGAGACAGCUUUUCAGCAAUCUAAAGAGUUACUGCAGUCAAAUCAAGUUCUGGUACACUUUGAUGCACAAAAAGAACUGAUACUUGCCUGUGACGCUUCACCGUUUGGAAUAGGAGCGGUGUUGGCACACCGGAUGCCAGAUGGAACAGAACGACCCAUAGGGUUUGUUUCACGAACACUUUCAAAGGCUGAAAAAAACUACUCGCAGCUCGAUAAAGAGGGACUUGCUGUAGUGUUUGGAGUAAAAAGGUUCCAUAAGUACUUGUAUGGACACAAAUUUGUAAUUUGUACAGAUCAUAAGCCUCUAAUCAGUCUCUUAAAUGAGCUCAGAUCGGUGCCACAAAUGGCUUCGCAACGCAUAAUGAGAUGGGCCGUGCUGUUAGGUGCUUAUGAAUAUGUGAUUACAUACAGAGCUGGAAAAGACAACGGAAAUGCGGAUGCUCUCAGCCGAUUUCCCCUUCCAGAAAACCAUGAGAAACUGAGUAAGCAGGAGCAAGUUUUCAUGCUGGAAAAAGAGGUGAGCUCAAUCACGACAUCAGAAAAUAUCAAGUAUUGGACUGCCAGAGAUCCUGUACUGUCUAGAGUUCGUGAGUAUGUUUUGAAAGGGUGGCCUGAUCACAGUGAUUUACCUGAUUUUGCACCUUAUAAGAAAAGACAGCAGGAGCUUAGUGUGCAAGAUGGGUGUGUACUGUGGGGAGCACGCCUUAUCAUUCCUGAGAAAGGACGUGCAGUGAUGUUAGACCAACUACAUCAGUGUCAUCCAGGGAUGUCGAGGAUGAAGGGCCUGGCGAGGAGCUACCUGUGGUGGCCUAACCUGGAUGCGGACAUAGAAUCUAAAGUCCGAAGCUGCAAAAUAUGCCAGGAACAGAGAAAAGCUCCUGUAUGUGCACCACUUCAUCCGUGGGAGUGGCCUAGGAAACCCUGGAGACGGGUGCAUAUGGAUUAUGCUGGCCCCUUUAUGGGUAAAAUGUUUCUCAUCUUAAUAGAUGCACAUUCUAAGUGGAUAGAUGCAUACCCCCUGAAUUCAGCAACGACAGCUGUCACUCUCGAGUGUCUGAGGAAUAGUUUCAGUGUGCACGGCAUUCCUGAAGUCAUGGUGUCAGACAAUGCUCAGUGUUUCAUGAGUGAGGCAUGUAAAGAAUUCAUGUCCAGGAACGGAAUAACACAUGUGACUGCUGCUCCGUAUCAUCCGUCAUCAAAUGGCUUGGCUGAGCGAGCUGUACAGACUCUGAAGGACCUUUUAAAAAAAUGCUCAGGGGAAACCAUUGAGACCAAGUUACAUCGGGCCUUGUUCAGUUAUCGAAUAACACCUCAGUCUACAACAGGUUUAUCACCUGCAGAAUUGAUGAUGGGCAGAAAGUUGAGAUGCACACUCGACAGAAUACAUCCUGAUCUCAACAACAAAAUUGAAACAAAACAACAGAGUCAGAAAGAGCAUCAUGAUAAACAUGCUAAGUCCAGAUGUUUUGAAGUGGGAGACGCCGUGUAUACCAGGAAUUUUGGUUAUGGACCAAAAUGGGUGCAGGGAGAAAUUACAGAGAUCACAGGACCUGUAUCAUACAGAGUGAGUUUGGAAAAUUCUCAAGUGGUACGUCGUCAUGUCGACCAGUUGUUCAGUCGGCAACAGGAAGAGGUUUCAAGUUCUGAAAUUGUUUCCCAAGCUGAUAUUCUGGUUCAACCGCAAGAGCUGGUAGAAACUGUACAUUCUGAUGCCAUAGACCCAGAACCAAUAGUUACGAUACCAGAGUUGGUUGAUACUGGACAGACAAAGCAGCCUGUGAGUUCACAAACGGGAUGUGUAAGACGUUCAGUAAGAGAAAGAAAAGCACCGGAAUAUCUCAAAGACUUUGUGAAAUCAUAACACAAAAACAGAUGAACACAUGAAAACGUUUCAACAUAAGGUGUUGAGCUGUGUCAUAAAGUUAUGUUAAUGUUGUUUAUAAUACAUUUCUAUAUAUUUAUAUGUUGGAAAUUAUUUCAGUGGUUGUUUUCAUGUUAAGGGGGGAAGGAUGUUAUAUGUUAGGUGUUAUAACUAAGAAUGACCAGUAGAGGUCAGUGGUGGUGUAUGUAUGAGUAUGUCAUGCACUAGGAAAGAAGUAUACAGUGUGUAUGUAAAAGACUGCACGAGCUGUGCGGGUCUGUGUUGUGUUGCUCUUACUUAUAUAAAGAUAAGUUAUAAA